AUGGACGCAACUGGAGCUCAAGAAUCCAAACUCUCCGGUAACCUCUCAAUCCUGACCAAGGUUGAUAAAUUGCGGGAGCUUAUUGGUACGCGAGUUGCACUGCCUCAACUUGUUGUGGUCGGCGAUCAAUCUUCUGGGAAAAGCUCUGUGCUCGAAGGCCUAACCGGAUUUGCAUUUCCUCGAGAUGCAGGACUUUGUACCAGAUAUGCUACUCAGAUUACGUGUCGUCGUGACAUAGAGGAGAGCAUCACUGUCUCUAUUAUUCCUCAUCAAGAGACAGGACCACCUGAACAGUCACUACUGAAGAGCUUCCGUCGCAGUCUGACUGAACUAGAUCCUGAGAACCUUGCCAAGCUUUUCGAAGCAGCAAACAAAGCUCUGGGAAUCCGUACAAGUACGAAUACUACUGCUAGUGACGGAUCAGCCUUGCCCACUUUUAGCGAGCAUAUACUCAAGAUCGAGAAACGUGGCCCACAAGAGGAGCAUUUCACCGUGAUUGACGUACCGGGGAUUUUUCGUAAUGAAACUGAAGGAGUGACUAGUGAGAGCGAUAUGGAGCUUGUCAUGAAUAUGGUGAAGACUUAUAUGAAGGAUAGCAGGACUAUUAUUUUGGCAAUCAUGCCCAGCAAUGUGGAUCCUGCUACUCAAGAAGUUCUCAAGUUGGCCAAAAAGGCCGAUCCUACCAUGGCAAGAACCAUGGCGGUCUUGACGAAGCCAGAUCUUGCGAUCGAGCGUACCAUCCAACAUAUCGCAAUUGAUCAUGUCUUGGGUAAGAGGAACGAUUUGACUCUCGGCUACUAUAUCGUCAAAAAUCGUGGACCGGAUGAUGUAGGUCUUUCCCUUCUUGGAGCUCUGAUUAAAGAGAAACAGUUUUUCUCCGAAGCUCCGUGGUCAGUUCUUCGAUCUACUAGAAAAACAGGCAUAGGUGCCUUGAAGGAACGGGUGCACGAAUUGCUUAGCGAUCUAAUCCGUAAAGAGUUCCCAAAGCUCAAGCUAGAUGUUCUUAAGGAAUUAGCAACAGCGAGGACGUCGCUCAAUCAGAUGGGACCGUCGCGGAGCAGCGCACACACACAGCGAGCAUUUCUGAAUAGAAUGUGUGAGAAGUUUCAAUCGCUCGCGCGAAAUGCGUUCAACGCUUAUUACAGUGGUGAUAAGCUUUUCUCAGAUAGACAUGAUCUAAGAUUGAUCACACAAGUUGUCAAGGCGAACGAGGAUUACUCCGAGGAGAUGCAGAGUUGUGGACAUACGAGGCCCUUUGCGAUCACAAACAACCUUGAAGGUUGGGAAACCCCACCACCGAGGCCAUCCCCACGUUCUCUGGGUACAAAAGACCAUCCCUUAGUCGACAAUCACCCCGAGCUUGAAGAAAUCAUAAACCUCACCGAUGUACCCUUGCCCGAGUUGAAUGGUGAAGAAGAUAUUAUGGACUACAUCGAAGAAGUCUACAAGACCAGCCGUGGACAAGACUUAGGCACCUUCAACGGAACCCUUGUUGCCACUUUGUUCAAGGAACAGGCCAAGAAAUGGGAAUCAAUCACGUUAUCCCAUAUGCGCAAAGUCAUUACCAUUGUGCAUCGUUUCAUCACGGAGGCGUUGAAGCAGAUAUGUCCCGACAACCAAGUUCUCGAGGAACUAUGGAAUGGAUAUCUGCUGGAUGAUCUUCAGAGAUCCUAUAGAAGGGCAUUGGAUCAUGCAAAGUACCUACUAGAGGUUGAAUUAGAUGGUGUUCCUCUGACACAGAACCACUAUUUUAAUGACAACUUACAGAAGGACCAAACAGACCGGCUCCUAUUGGCUCUGAAGAAAAUGGCAAUCGAAGCGACUCGUCCUACAGCGGAUGAUUGUGGAGAAAACAUCGGCCCUCCUGAGCGUGGUCUCUUCUUGACCCGUGCUUCACUCAGCAAUUUCUCGAUUGAUAUGGCCAACUCUGAGCACGCCCGACAAUACAUGCACGAUGUGCUCAAGAGCUACUAUAAGGUUGCACAAAAGCGUUUCGUCGAUGUUGUAUGCCAGCAAGCUGUGAAUCAUCAACUGCUGACGGGAAAGACAAACCCACUGGGCAUCUUCAGCACUGAGAUGGUGCUGGAAUUGAACGAGGAUCAGUUGGGAAUGAUUGCGGCUGAGGAUGCUCCUAUUAUCAUUCGGCGGGAAAAAUUGAGCUGUGACAUCAGAAACUUCGAGAGCGCAUUGGGAGUGUUGAAAGGCUCUGGAUGA